UUGUGGUUUUUUGAGUUAAAAACCAAUAUACCUGGGAAGUCGAACCCUUGGGCCUUGAGUCGUUGAGGAGGCUGCCCUCAGUAGCCCAGCUUGUGUCCUAAACAUUCUUAACCGGCCCAAUAUGAUUUUGUAGUCCAAACUCCAAACGCGUAGCAGGACCACGAAGUUUCGCCUUUCGCGGUUUUGCUAAAACCCUUGAAACACCCAAACAACGAUAUUGAUUCACCAACUCGCUCCUUCUCCCUCCCUCUCUACAAUGGGGUUUUUCGACUUGAACGUACCUUACCAAGAAUCAAACCCUAAUUCCAAAACGACGCGCAUUAGGCUGGUAAUCAAAGCCAUGGAACUUGGUUACACCGGGAUUGCCCACAACCGAACGAUGAGGGGCGUAAUGUCCAAGCGGGAUCAAUGUACAAUCCAGCUUCUGAAUGUCGCUUCUCUCGUCAAGGUGGCUCCGUAUUUAGCCUCCUCCGUGCAGCUCCACCGCGACCUUUUAGGUGUGCCUCGUACCUCUCCCUUCCGCCAGUACACGCGUAUCACCGUUUACGCCGACAGCGUCGCUCAGGCUCAAGUUCUCAAUAGCGGGAACCCUAUUUUGAAGACAUACGACUUGGUUGCUGUGAGACCCUUGAACCAGAGCGCCUUCGACUAUGCGUGUGAGAAAUCUGAGGUCGAUAUAAUUGCAAUUGAUUUCUCUGACAAACUGCCCUAUAGGAUGAAGCAGCCCAUGGUUAAGGCUGCUAUGGAGCGUGGAGUUUAUUUUGAGAUAACUUACUCGGAUCUUAUCAUGGAUGUUAAAAAGAGGAGACAAAUGAUAUCGAGUGCUAAGUUACUGGUGGAUUGGACUCGAGGAAAGAAUAUCAUAUUGUCAAGUGGUGCACCUUCCGUCAAUGAACUCAGAGGGCCACAUGAUGCUGCCAAUUUGUCAUCUUUGCUUGGACUCUCUAUGGAGCGAGCCAAAGCCGCAAUUUCGAAUAAUUGUAGGACUCUUGUAACCAAGGCUUUAAGGAGGAAACACUUUUUCAAAGAGGCCAUCAGAGUCGAAUACAUAUCAUCUGGGCAACAAUUGGAGUCUAAGAAAUGCUGGUCUGAGGACUGGCUUAGAUGGGAUCCCAUUUCUAGUGGGGAAGGGGAUUUGCUGCUGGAUAAUAUGGAAAAGUCCUUUUCUGCUGCUGAUGGCCUAAACAAAACUGUGAAAGCUAUUGAUUUUGCUUCAAUUGUUGACAGCAUGCCAUCACAGGGUUUUCAAGUACAGGAUUUUAUGCCUGGAGCAAAAGCUGUCACUCAGUCAGCAGAGAAUGAAAAGAACUUGUUGGCUGCUUCUGAGGUAGUAAAGGUACCUGAUGUAACUAAGAAUGUGUUGGAACAGCCUGAGGGGCUUGUUCCCCCUGGUGUGGCUGCAUCUUCAUCUUAUAACACUCCUUGGUACCAGAGCUUGGGUACUGAUAGUUCUCAACAGUUAUGUUUGCUCAACGAUAAUGCAAAAGCUUUUACCUCUUCAAGGGAAAUUGUAAGAUGUACCUACCAAGCUGAGGAAGAAUCAAAAACUUCAAACAGCUCCAAAACAAGUUAUCUUGAAUUGCGAGAGUGUGCAUCAAAUUGUGAAGUAAACCCUGUGCUCCAAGAGGACAAUUUGAGUUGUCGAACUUCAGCCAUAGAUACUGAAUUGGAUGUUGAUGCGCAGGAUACAUUAGAUGUCUCAAUGCUAAUUGAAAAGGUUAAUUUUCCUGCUGCCACGAUUGAAGAGUCAAGGAUUUUACAAAGUCCUGAUGUGAUAUUCAGUACACAAGAUAUUGUGAUUCAUAAAGAUAGAAUGGAGAGUGUUGAUAGAAGUGGUGAAGAUUCAGCUUUCGGAUUGAAUGAAGAGUUCAAGAGUUUGCAUGGAUCUAAUGUAGUUUCAGGUACGAAAAGUGAUGAUGUUGUGAUCAAGAAGGAUGUGCAUAAAUGCGAAGUUACAUCUUGUGCCUUGAAUGACGAGUUCAGAAGUUUAUUAAGUUAUAACAUAGGUUUAGGUACUGGAAAUAAUGCAGUGGAUGAAGUUAUGCUGGAGAAUAAUUUCAAGGAACAAGACGAUAUGUCAGUCUUGAAUGACGUGCCCUUACAGGAAAAUCUUCUAGGAAGAGGACAAGAUGCUACUCUUGCACUCUCUGAUACUAUUGGACUUCUUGAAAGCCAUGAUGUUGGGGAACCUGUAACCAACUCCCGAGUUGGAAAUCAUGACUCCUUGGUACAUGUGCCGGAGGCAAGGCAAGAACACAGAGCAGAAGCCAAUACUGUGAAAUCUCAUUUGACUUCGUCUCCAUCUUUAUCAGGGAUGUCCAUGGCAAGGCAGAGGAGGUUGCCGAGGCAACCUUCUUUAUUCCCCUUCAAGCCCUUGCUGAGUCCUAUAUCAUUCAAGAAGCGAGGUCGAAAAUCUAAACGCAGAAUCAAGCCAAUGUGAUUGAGGAUCUAUGUAUUUUCUUUUUUUCAAUUAUAUAUUUUUAAAUAUUUAUUUGCCUUUGUUUUAUAGGCCGCAGAACAUGUACUAUAGUUGGGUGUUUACAAUAAUUUCCUAUAAAGCCUCUUAUUUUUCAGGCCCAGUUCAAUGGGUCCGUGGCACGAUUAUCAGAACCAAGAGCCGGUGGUGUCUUCAAGUUGAAGCCCGCUACGUUUCAUGGCUGCUUGUAGUUGUGGCAAGUGGUAAGUAAAGAUUUAUAUAUUUCCCUAAAUUGGAGAAACCAUUCUUGAGCUUUCCGGUUAAUAAUUAUUUUUUUCAAAGAAAUAAUAAUAAUAACAACAUAAGAGGUCUAUUUUCUUUUUUCGUGUCAUGGAGUCUGUGUUUUAGUUCAUAGGCGGCCCCUACAUAUUAUUGCUGCUCAUGUGCUGCUGAAUAUUGUAGUUCAGUUUUUGUAUGCGGAAGUGGGAUUGUGUUGGUAUAUUGGUAUUAAAAUGGUCUCAAAGUUGCUGC